AUAUAUACGAAUAUAAAUAAUAACAUGUCCUAUCUGGGCAAUAAUAGACUAGGUGGUGCGAAUGUUGCCAAUGGCAAUACCUCAAUGACCUCGACACCACCAGCAACAACGACGACGACGACAGGACUCUCUUCUUCACCAGGCACAUCACUCACACCCAAUCUACUGUUCAGUAACAACAAUGCUCUAAACACCAACAACAUAUCAUGGCUCCUCACCAGUCAGAGCGGUGGAGAUGCAAGCGCACGUACCAAAGAGAAGGAGAAGGCAAAGAAGAAGUUGGCCCAGUUCCUCGACGUCUCAAUAGACGCCACCAAGAGGUUCAAGGGCCUAUCUUCGUUCAUCAACAACUCGGACGACCAGGAGAUCGACAAGGUAUUCAAGGAGAACAGUCAGAACAUCUAUCAAACGUUCGUGUCCACAUUCUCAACCUAUGAGUUGGGCACCUACAAAUUGGGCAAGCACCAUUCCGCCGAGAAGGAGGUGAUGAAGCUGAACGACCUGCUCAAGCGUAUCCUCAUCCAUCUCGAGGCCAUGAUCAAGAAGGGUUGGCAGGUCAAGAGUAUCGUCAACAUACUCGAGAAGAUGCUGGGUGUUGAAAACAUCCACUCCAUUCGACAGUCGGCCUUUUCCACAUUGUUGUUCUUCCUCGAGGUGAUGGAGAAGCCCGAUCGUCACAAGCUCGACCUGUUUGCGGCCAUCAUCGACUUUACGCCAUACUCUAGCGACUACACCUACCGACUUACCUUUUCCAAAAAGGUGUUCACAGGCCAGGACAGUGCCAAGCGCUACAUCCUGGUGCAAUCAACCGAUCCACCCACACGCGAAGAGAGUUCUUCACUCUUUGAGCAAAUCUUUAUUCACAUCUCAUCGCGUCUCAACAACUUCCCCUUCUGGUUCGAGGUGCUCAAGUCGCAGUAUCUCGUAGUGCUAUAUCCUACCGUCUUUAAGAAGAUUGGUCUCCUUCCGGCCGGUGACAACUCUGGUUUUGGCAGCCACUGUCCACACGAUCUGCAGGUGACCAUCAUCAACUAUCUCAGCAGCUGGGUGGCGUCAAACUCAUCGGUCAAGGAGUUCCUGCUCAACAACAACAGCGGCGCCAACAACUUUGCAAUCAGUGCAUGUGACCAACCAGCCCCAACACCAGCACCAGGUGCCUCCCAGUUCCUCACCAACACUCCAGGCACUGGAAAGAUUGCCAUUCUAUUGGAGAUAUUCAAGCAGAGUUGUCGUCUACCUCUAAAGUACUUUGAGGUCAUCAAGAAGUCAAUCUACAUCUUCCAGACUAUAUUCUUGAACAGCUCACCUGACUUAUUCCAUGUGUUUGGUGAAGAGUUGUUCACAUACCAAACAUUCAUAUUGACAGAGAUGACUAGUGUGUUUGAGACUGACGCUGCCGGUCACGAGAAGGAGCGUGAGAUCAUUGGAAUGUUUGUCAUUGGUACUCUGAAGCAACUGAUCGAUGAGUAUCCAAACCUGAGACCAAAGUCCCGUGAGAUUCUGCUCAAUGCAAUGAUCAAAGCCACCUUUUCUUUACUGCGCAAGUCCAACACCAACAAGGCCAGCAUGUCACUGGAGCAAACCAUUCUCUCCACCACUCUCUACGCAUGGAUCAAGUCCAAGGAGAACAAUCCUGAUAUGUGGCUCAAGUUCGCACAACAGUUUGAGGAGCUGUAUCAUCGUGCCGAGGUCAUCAAACAGAUCAAAACCAAGAUCAUCCAGAUGACCACCAUCCUCAAGGGCUACGUCUAUCCACUCAGUGAGAAGAAGCAGCAAAAGUUGGAGAAAGAUAUCAAGAACGCAGAGAAAGGUGGUGCACCAAAGUCAUUCGACUCACGAGAUCCUCUUGUUGAGGUUCAAAUUGAAUCAAAUAUUGCACAGCUAAAGUGGGACAAGGAGAGUUGUAUGACUACCUGGACGUUCCUCCUAUCAAUGUUUAAGAAUGUACACAAUAUCAAGGAGACCACGACACACGAGUUGUCAAUGGGUAUAUUCUCUGAUAUCAUUGACAUCAUACUGGAGGCCGAGGAGCAAGUCGAGUUCACCACGACCAAGGACAACAACUGGCGACCAAUUUCAUUGCUCAAUAUCUUUGGACCACAUCUAUUUGAUGCCUAUCGUUUGGACAACAAGUACGUCAACAGCAAGGUGCUGGCGCUGAACAGUCUCUGUCGUCUCAUAUGUAGACAUCAUCCACAGUACCCAACCACGGUGCUCGUGUCCUUCUACGAGUUGGUCAAGAAGGUACUGCUCACACCCGAAGUGAUCUCACCGGCAGGAGUCAACCACGUUGAUCUCUCCUGGACAGUCAUUCCUCAAUGCAGCAACAUCUUUAAUCUUGCCAUCCCGGGUGUCAACAUCCUGGUAUCACCAUUCCUCUAUCGAAUCAGAGCAAUUCUUGUUGGUGAUGAAUAUGAUAUGCCACCCAAGGAUGUCAGGAAGAAGUGUUUGGUUAUCAUUGCCUCGCUCCUCUUCUAUCCCUAUCACUUCCCAUCGCUCAUCCUAACUGGUGCUCGCGACCAAAAUGGAAAAGCAAUCUCAAAGGACUUGACAAUGAAAGAGUUAAAGAAAGAGUUGAUCGAUCUACUCAUCUAUUCACUAAAGAAUGAAAAGUCAGUGGAGAAUAGGAUAAUAUGUCUGUGGUCAUUGUCAACAUUGGCAAUGGAGGAGUUUAACAGCUCACCAGAUGCCACAUCCUCCUUCAACCAAAGUGUAGUGAACGAGCUCAUCGAGUGCAUCAGCUCCUUCACUCUUCACCAAGACCAAUCACUCUCAAAGACUGCCCUCGAUGCCCUUUCCAAUCUGUCGGCCAUCUUCCCACGACUGACCAAGCCAACAGUGCUGCUCAUGCUCAACACAGUGUGUGGUGCCACAAUCAAGGCUAUGAACGAUUAUGAGGCUGGAAACUCUGCCGUCUCUGAACAAACUGUUGCCAACCACUUCUACUGCCUUCUUGACUGGGCCUGUCAGGACAGUUGCAUAUUCGACGAUCAAGUCUUUGCCGAGCUGCGCACCAAGUUGUUCCAGGCCAUCGAAACCGGUUUGGGUCAACGUGGCGAGUCUUGGAACUCGGGCGUCGACAGUCUCGACCCUCUCAAGAGGAUGUCCAAGAGCCUAGCCAGGAACAAGUCGACUGCAUUGUCCAAGCCAAUCAAUGGCAAGCUUAAAGAUAGCGUACAAUUGGAUGACGACAUACUUGAAAGCUUUGGCGCCAACCAACCAAAGCCCUCACUCAUCAAGGAUGCCGCAGAGACACUCUUGUUCAACUGUAUGAACUUUGUGCACCACUUCCCCAGCAAGGAGGGUCCCGAAGUAUUCUCCUCACUCGUUGACGAAGCAGACGACCUGCAAGCGGCGGUGCCAGAGGACGAGACCCCUCUGUUUAGCGUCCUGCACGAGAAUGCCUUGAUCUCCAUUGUGGAGGUACCCAAACCCAACGGCCAACAGGGAACACUCGCACGUCUCUUCAUCCGCGAUGCCACUGGAAAGUACGUGUGGAACUUUGAUCAUGUCUACAACCUGACGCCAGGAAGUGAAGCAGGUACCGAUACCUCUCCCAACUCGUCGCCACCUCUGUCAUUGGUGAAGAUGUACGCAAACUCUCAGCCAGUGAUCAUUGAUAACACAUCGUAUCAGUACGAGAACAAGCUGCCUGUCAAGCCUCCCAAGCCCGAGCCACCAAAGGAUGAGAAGUUAAAGGGCCUGCUUCUAGAGCUCUCCAAACAACCCGAGUGCUUGCCCACGUCCGGUGUUGCACUAGACCGUCCAUUGGGCUCAAUGCGACAAACUCUAAUCCAGGAGUUCACACGCAUUCAAGGAGAGGUAGAGUCAUUUGUCAAACAAGAAAUUGACUAUCAGAACAAGAAGUACGAAGAGUCCACCAAUGAGUCAGCAGAUUGGGUCUGUCGUCCACCAGUCAAGACAGCUGGUGUAGCGUCACAGGCACGUCGCCUACUGAUGUCCUACCUUGGAUUGCUCAACAUUUCCAACUCGUCCUAUCUCAAGCAACUGGACUCCAACAUCAAGUUUGUCCGUGCCCUCCAGCAGUUGGACAUCACACCAUCACGUGACAUCCAAAAGAUUGGCCUAAUCUACGUGGCCGAGGGACAGGAUGAACAACGCGACAUCCUGCACAACUCCACAUCAUCCAGUCUCUAUGCAGAGUUUGUCAAUGGUCUGGGCUGGCCCAUCGACCUGCAGACUCACCGAGGAUAUCUAGGUGGUCUCGACCGCCAAAAGACCACUGGAACCACAGCGCCAUACUUUGCCAACAUGGCGGUUGAGACAAUCUUCCACAACAUCACGAUGAUGCCCACCAACAAGGCAGAGCCACAGCAGAUCCACAAGAAGCGUCACGUCGGAAACGACAUUGUAAACAUUAUUUGGUCAGAGCACAUUCGCGACUACUGUCCCACCACUAUUACCAGCCAGUUCAAUGACGCACAUAUUGUAAUAUACCCACUGCCCAAUGGACUGUUCAGAGUGCAGAUCUACCGCAAGGAGUCCAAGGUGCCAAUGUUUGGUCCUCUGGUUCAUGGCAUGGCUGUAAACAAGCAGCUAUUGUCCACUCUUGUUCGUCAGACUGCCAUCAAUGCCUACAAACAGAUAAGAUACAAUACUCCAAACUACACAAGACCAUACGCAAUGAGAAAGAUGAGGAUCAAAGAGAUUGUUGAUAGGUAUCGUUCAGAUAAGAGUUAUGUUGACUAUGUUCACUCUGCAGUCUCUGGUCACAACAUUGUAUCUACACCAGCCAACACUCCACCAAUGGCCGCCGUUCCAACAGCCAACGGAGCAGGUGUUGGCAAUGCUUUCCUACAUGAA